AUGGACGAAACGCUUCUCCUCUCGGACGUUUUCACCGACAUCGUUCUAGAAGAUCGGCAGACUCCGUUUCAUAAUGCCGCUAGUCUAUAUGAGGAAUUCACUAAAGAUUACCAUGCAUUUGCUAAAGAAAAUAAUAUUUCUCCGGCGAGAGCCCUAACCACACUAAUUAGAAAUGGGAUUUCUGCACAGAAUUUGUCAGAAAACGAGACACUUAUCAAGAAUAUAACUCAGGAUAAAGUAGAUAUCACUACACGUUUCUCUAAUCUGAAUGAGCAAGAGAAAAGCAUUUGCACGAUUUGCACUGAAGAGAAAAAAGCUUUCAGAAGCUUGAUAUGUGGUCACAAUAUUUGCAGUGCUUGCUGGAAAGGACAUGUAAAAGCACAAAUAUCUAUGGAAAACAUCUUAAUCAAUUGCAUAGGAUAUGAUGAUGGAUGCAGUUACUGCUUAACCAUAGAGCAAGUCAGAUUAGCUUUAGACGGAGACGAACAAAAUUUUGAUAAAUACAAGAAUCUUCUGUUAAGCAACUUUAUCAAAAGGUCUCCGAAUAUAGACAAUUGCCCGAAAUGUCACAAUUAUGUUAAAAAUACAGCGGGUGUGUUGAAUGUGAGAUGCGAGUGCUCACACUGGUUCUGUCCGAAAUGCGAAGCAGCUCCUCAUGAGCCCGUUCGUUGCGAUUUGGUUGACACUCUUCUUAAAGCAGACAAUAAAAGUUUUAAAGAGGAUCUGGACACAUUGCGAUACAUAGUUGGUCAAACGAAAUAUUGUCCUGUGUGCGAAACUCCCGUACAGAAAACAGAGGGAUGCAACUAUAUGCGAUGUACUUGUAAUGCGUUUUUCUGCUUCAACUGUUUGAGAAAAUUGAAUACGAAUCAUGAAUCUCAUCACUGCGUCGCAGUAAAUGGCCAUAUUGCGCAGAACGAUCUUGAAGUGCUCACGAAAAGAGAAGUCGACGUGCAAAAACUUGAAAAAUCCAGAGAGAAGUUCAAUGCUUCGAACGCUGAAGUAAAAACCAUUCUGAGCAACGAAGCAAGACUGGAGAUGAUAGACGAGAAGCUGAGAAGGCUGUAUGACUCGAACAUAACUAAAGAGGAAGCAGGUUUAUUGAGGGAGUGUUUCUGGGUUCAAGUAGAUUUCUUCUCCUUCAUCUCAUAUGCUAGCUUAUGGAUAGAUUACGUCAGUGACCGCAAGGAUCUCGAUCAAUGCUUUAUAUCGACAUACAAGGAAGCUUUCGCGGGAGUGAAGAAAAACUUUGAAGAUAUCCUAGACAAAGUAACUGUUUCUAGAGAAUGGGUGCCAAAGGUGAGGGAUACGACAAUUCUACUAAAGAAUAAACUGUCGAUUCUUCGAUCUUAUUUCAAAGACAGUCAAGGAAGCUCAUCUCCUAUUUCUUAG